CCUCUCUCUCUAUCUAUGUCUGAAAACACAUGAAUUCUCAUCAAGAGAAUUCCAGGCAAACCCCUCAAAAGAGAUUUUGAUGAAAGAAAGCAAAUCAAUCAAAAGACUCCCUCCCCUCUGAACAUUUAGUCUACACACUCACAAGAAGAAAAAGAUCAAAAGACCCACCAAAAGAUUAAAUUAAAGACUCCCUCUGAUCCCCAUCUGUCAUCAGUCAUCACCACCACAAAGUAGUCUCUCAUAAAGAAAAAGAAAGAAAGCCAUUGGAGAAAUAACCUAUAACUUUCAUGAUAUCAUGGAAGGAGGAGGUAGUGAUGAUCAUCAACUCCACCACCACCACCACCUUCACCACCAUCAUCACCAUCAACAGCAGCACCACCGCCCUAAUUUCCCAUUCCAAUUACUGGAGAAGAAAGAAGAAGAUAACCAACCUUGUUCCUCCUCUUCCUCCCUUCCUUUUCCUUCCCUCGUCCCACCGUCUUCAUCUGCCGAUCAACCCAACACAACUCGUUCCAUUGCAAGCCUCCAAAUCUCCCCGGAACCUUCCAAAAAACCACCCCCUAAACGUACUUCCACCAAAGACCGACACACCAAAGUCGAUGGACGUGGUCGUAGAAUCCGCAUGCCAGCUCUUUGUGCAGCUAGGGUUUUUCAACUCACUCGUGAACUAGGCCACAAGUCCGAUGGUGAAACAAUCGAGUGGCUACUCCAACAAGCUGAACCGGCAGUGAUCGCCGCCACGGGCACUGGCACUAUCCCAGCAAACUUCACUUCCCUCAACAUCUCUCUCCGUAGCUCAGGCUCAAGCAUGUCAGUUCCUUCUCAGUUGCGAUCCUCAGGUUUCAACUCCAACUUCUCUAUGCAACAACGUAGAAGUUUGUUCCCCGGAAUUGGACUAGAAACAACCCCAACAUUCCUUAACUUCCAAUCUAGUAGUAACUUGACUUCCAUGUUCCAAGCUAAGCAAGAGUUGCGUGAUAAUAGUACUUCGUUGGAUAUAUCAGAAACUGAAGAAGGUACUCUAGGAAGGAAAAGAAGACCCGAACAAGAUUUAUCCUCACAACAUCAAAUGGCUAAUUACUUGUUGCAGUCAAGCACAGGCGCAAUUCCAGCCGCAAGUCACGGUCAGAUUCCAGCUAAUUUUUGGAUGGUAACUAAUUCUAAUAAUCAAGUUAUAAGUGGUGACCCCGUCUGGACAUUUCCUUCAGUUAAUAACAGUGCUUUGUAUAGGGGCACUAUGUCUAGUGGGUUACAUUUCAUGAAUUUUCCAACUCCAAUGGCCUUAUUGCCAGGCCAACAAUUGGGUUCAAGCACUGCUACUACUGGCGCUGGUGGUGGCAGUGGUGGAAGUAAUUGCAUAAGUGAAGGACAGUUAAAUAUGCUAGCCGGGUUGAAUCCUUAUCGGCAAGUCUCUGGCACCGGCGUGUCAGAAUCACAAGUGAGCGGAUCCCAUUCACACCACGGAGGAGAGGGUGGUGUUGGAGUUGGCAGCGGCAGCGAUGACCGGCUCGAUACAACUAGUCAUCACUCAUAGAGAUGUUCAAUAUCACCAUGCAUCAUCUCUUUGCUUCUUUUGAUCUGUUGUGUAGUUUGAUGUGUAACACACGUGAGGUUUGAUUGUUCUUUUGAAAAAAAAAAAAAAAGAAUUGAGUUUUUUUUUUUGCCAAAAAAAAGAAGAAAAUUUUUUUUGGUUUGAUUAAUAUGGGGUUCUUGUUGGGGUUUGAGAGAGAGUAAGAGACAGACAGAGGAGAAGACACUAUUUUUAACAUUGGUAUUGGCUGGUUUGCUGAAACAAAAUCUCAAUUUUUUUGCUUUUUUAUUUUUAUUUAAUUACACAAUAUUAAUUUCAUUUCAUCAUUUGCUUGUGCCAUCGUUGUUUUCUGGAAGAGGUCAAAAUCGCAUUGCCUAUGUAAUUUUUAU